AUGUUUCGGUCACCACUCUUCGCUUGGUCGCCGCGGCCAGACCAGAACCAGGACUUCGACGCAACGCCUGCAACGCAGUCGACAUCUCGGUUCAGCGCGUUCCGCAGUAAUGUGCGGGGCAUGGUCAACGGGUCGUCGAUAUACUCGCAGUCGCCGGCUAUGAAUAACAACAACAAUAUCAACACACCCAAAACGCCCUUCCUGGGCUUCUGGAACCGCCAGCAACCGGCCAACCAGGAAGGCCUGCCCACCCAUCAGAACGCGCAUCGCGAAUCACAUGAUUCGAGGGCUCCAUUUCAUGCGCACCACACAGCGGGCUCCUACAUCGGCGCCAUCAACCCGCCUCAAGAUCCGCAGGAACCAACCACACUCUACGCUCGUCACCCAGCCGAUGUACCACUACCCAACCAGCAGGAGGGUUUCGUAGACCCCGAGAUCCAGCAACUACAAGAUGAAAUCAACGGCCGACGACACAAGCGACGGAAGCACCGAAGAAGAAAGCACCACCGCACCGAACGAUCCGCAUCCAACGCAUCCAGCGGUUCCAACGGAUGGGUACGCAGGCGAGAACAGCGCGGCACCACCGCAGUAUACAUCCGGGGCUCAGCUGCACGCGGAAAGAUGAUCGCAUGUGUGAUAUCCGGCACCUUUCUCAUCACCAUCCUCGCAAUCUACCUAGCCAUCGCCCUAACCAACCGGUCCCUCGGCCAAGAAAUCCACAUCCUCUUCAUCAUGGUCCUCCUCACCAUAACAAUCUUCUUCUGCCACUCGCUCAUCCGCCUCUGCAUGCUCAUGCUGAACCCGCCGCGCCACGAACACCGCGCUGCCAUGCCCGACAUGACGGGCGGCGGCGAGGGCUUCCAGCCCAUCGUCCCCAUUCGCGUGCACCUGCGUCGCGACGAAGAAACCGCAGACGCGGAUAUGGAUGACGUGCUGGAGAACGAUAUGGUGGGUGCGGGUGGGGAUGAGGAGGGCAAGAAUAUGCCGCCGCCUCCGCCGCCGGCGUAUGGGCUUUGGAGGAGUAGUGUGAGGGUUGAUCCGAAUUUGCUUCAUUGGCAGAGGGUUGAGGAUGCGACAAGGGGUAGUGCUAUCUCCGCUGCUGCUCACUCGACGCGUGCCUCGCUCUCUGGUCCUGCGGCUCUCGCAGCAGCGUCUCUCCGCGGCAGCGCAGCCUCAACAUCGUCACAACAUCAACCUCCCCAGCAAGAAGGCCCGCGGCCCCCUUCUUACGCCUCGGAAGACGGCGUAAGCUACAUCGUAGAAGCGGAACCGAGACACACGACGAAUGUACGGGAUAGCACGAGAGGCGCGUUGAACGACAUUCAUCCUGCGUGGCGGCCUGGGUAUGCGAUGAGUGAGAUUAGGGGUGGCGAGUUGCCGGCGAGUGCUAUGAACGGUAGUCGGUCUUAG